GCGUGCUGGCGCGGAAGCAUCAUAGCGGUACUGACCGAGUUACGAUACAAACAACGUCUUUUUACGAUUCGGACACUUAAACAAGUACUCCAAGCUGAAUAAUCCUUCAGCUCCUCACCGAAACUCACCCGCUACGAGCCGGAAUUGGUCCUUUCCAAGUGUGCACUGGUAUCCGCUCCUCAUAGGAGCCGAUACCCUUGAGUCAUGAAUAAAGCUUUUUAUUAACCAUCUACACGUACGCAGUGCGUUUGUGCGUAUUACUACACGUAGGACGCACCAACCAGGAUCUGGGAAUGCUGUUGGGCGCCAUGCCACCCGAAUUAUUUGUCGCCAGCACAACUACCCCCAAGAUACGCCAAAGUUUUUUUCACCGUUGCUAUAAAGGCAAUCUCCGUACUCAAGCAACUUGUGUACAGUUGGCGUUCUAUGCUUCUGACUCCGCAAGAGAACCACAGAGAUUGUAAAUGGUUUGGAAGACUCCAUUUGCGAACUAGCCAGCCACGCCGAACUACCCAAGCUCGCGCGUGUAUGCUCAUGAUGAUAGGAGAGAUCGUGCUCUUUUUCGCACUAUGGAGCUCUCGACCGUACAGUUUUCGUAUAGCUGAAGCUGCGAUUCAAAAGGAGUAUCCUACCGCGUCUGGCAUUCGAGCAUGGGUAGACCCAGCAACCCCAGCCAACGCACAAUCGAUCGAGACAUCCCGAGGCGAGAAAUGGCAGCUCGUCAUGAGCGACGAGUUCAACACUGCAAACCGCAGCUUCCGACCUGGCGACGACCAUCUAUGGACUUCGCUAGAGAAACCCGACGGGGUGAACGGAGCACUUGAAGUGUAUUCCCACAACAUGACCUCCACGAAAUGCGACGACGAUGGAACGUGCUACUUCUAUAUCGAAGCCAUCGACGAAGUCAGCGAGUUAACUGUUUACAACGCGUACCUGAAUCCACCUCAGUACGAGAACGUGUCCUUUUUCUAUAGAGCUGGAAUGGUGCAGUCAUGGAACAAAUUCUGCUACCAAGGAGGUCUCAUGGAGGUACGGGCUCAGCUUCCAGGAGCUCUGUCCAAGAAUUCUGGGAAUCCGGAUCUUGCUCUUGGUAAAUCCGGGCGAGCGACGACUGGCAGCUACUACCCAACCUGGCCCGGAAUUUGGAUGAUGGGGAACCUCGGCCGUGCUAUUUUCUCGGCUUCUACGAGUCGAAUGUGGCCAUUCUCGUACAACAGAUGCGAGCCAGACAUCUUUGACCCGAAGAAUCAACGUAUCAGCGCGUGCGAUGAUGAUCCAGGCUACGGUCUCAAUAAAAACCAAGGUCGUGGAGCGCCCGAGAUCGAUAUCUUAGAAGGAGGCGGUGUGGCGAUCUCGUCGUCAUUGCAGAUUGCGCCUGGAAUGCCCAGUGACUUUCGCUUGUUCCCAGCGGAGAAAAAAUACGACGCAAAGGAUAUAUACUGCGUAUAUAAGUACGAUUGCGAGACCCCCGGUGCGAAUCUCAUCGACAUCCCCACCGCUUACUAUGAGAAGGAACGAGGCCAUAAAUCCUGGUAUCAAGGUCUGCGCUACGCGUCAAACAGCUUCUGUAGUUCUUCAGCGGAUGAGAAGCAGGAUGUCGACACGAUUAAAGCGUCGCUAAAAGCUGGAGUCACAGAUAAUACGUGCACGGCAGCAACGUGCCCAGCGUCGCUUGACCCGAACAGUGAUUUGGAUCCAAUCGGCGGAGUCGGGUGGGACCAUUGGGGAAUCAACAGCAACGGUACAUGCUUCCCAGUCAUGAACUCGUACAUGGGCUCGUACCUGUGCGAUCCGGAUAACACAGAUGAAAAGUGUCUUGAGCCCCGCAACUCCACCACGCCGAAAACCAACUCGAUGGAGUCGUUCAACUACCAAAUGGAUGCCAUUUCAGCAAAUUGGCCGGUGCAUUUAGGCGCGUAUAUGGAUUAUUUCGUGUACCAGGUCGAGUGGGUGACUGGGGAUAAUGGAUAUGUGCGCUGGAUGGGAGACGGUCAGCCUCUUUUUGAAGUGACAGCUCAAGCGUUCUCCGUUGUUCCUCAAAAUGACAAGAAAAAUAAUCCUCAGAAACUCAUGUUGGAGGAGCCAAUGUCAAUCAUUUUCAACGUGGCUUUGUCGCGUUCAUGGGGCGCUACACCGCCCAAUCCAGGUCGAGAAUGUCGUGGGGAUGGCACCGAUGAGACAGUCAAUAAAAUUUGUGACGACUUCCCGAUGUUCCUGAAAAUUGACUACAUCCGGCUGUACCAGGACCCAAAGGGGAAUCGCGGUACGGACGACUACAUGCAACUCGGUUGUGACCCAGCAAGUCACCCGACAAGAGAAUGGAUUCAAGGUCACAUGGAUGAAUACGAGGACCUCCACAACCCCUGGACGGAGGUGGUUGGUAAAGGUUUCUGCAAGACCGACAGUGACUGCACUAUUGGUAAAAGCGGGAAUCGGAAGUUAGUUACGGGAAAAUGCGUCGAGGCUCGUUGUGUCUGCUCGCAUCCCAACUCGUGGGGUGGACCUCGAUGUACGACCGCUCUCGCAGAAGAACCGACCGGUACGGGGUCCUUUACGCAGCGCACCUACGGUCCCUCCAUGGCGGUAUCACUCAGUGUGGCAAUUGUUUCGCUGAUAUCGACAUUGAUCGCCGCCUCGAUGUCCAUUCGAACGCUUAACAAACAGGCAGAGGAAGCAAUCAGGACAGCCGAAGUGAAGAAAAUGGAGCAAACUCGCCCGUCAUUCCCCAUUAAUCUGUCCAUUUCAGAAUACGAGCCAAAGGACAACUACAGCCAGAAUUUUUUGUGA